AUGCCGGCCGAAGACCCAAUUAAGAAAUUUAAGCGCAUCGGCGUCGUCGGAGUAGGCAGUAUGGGGUCUAUGAUGACCUUUGCCUUCUCCGAGAUGGGCCUUGAUGUCUCAGUAUGGGAUGUUGAAAAGGCGAAUGUCGAUAAAGUGACAAACUGGGCCAAGAGUGCCAACGACGUUAAAGGGAAGAUUUCAGGAUUCUACGAUAUCAAUGAAUUUACGAAGAGUCUUGAGGGCGGAGAACGGAAACUAUUUAUGUUCUCGAUUACACAUGGUGACCCUGCUGAUCAGGUUCUCAACUUGAUAAAAGCCGACUUGAAUGGAGGCGAUAUUGUUCUAGACGGUGGAAACGAGAAUUAUCGCCGGACGGAAAGACGCCAGAAGGAAUGUGGAGAGAUCGGCGUAUUCUGGAUCGGCGUUGGUGUCUCGGGUGGUUACCAGUCUGCUCGCCGUGGACCUAGUCUUUCUCCCAGUGGAGAUGCAAAGGCUCUGCAGCUAGUCAUGCCUCUGUUGCAGAGAUACGCGGCCAAGGACCCUAAGAGUGGAACACCCUGUGUGACUCGGAUUGGCCCAGGCGGCUCGGGUCAUUUCGUUAAAAUGGUUCACAAUGGUAUCGAAGGUGGUAUGCUAUCCACACUCGCAGAGGCAUGGUCGUAUAUGCAUUAUGGCCUAGGAAUGGGAUAUGAAGAGAUCGGUGAUACCUUCGCAAAAUGGAAUUCAGCUGGCGAGCUACGAGGUAACUUCCUCAUUAACAUUGGCUCAGAGAUUCUGAGAACGAAGAAAACACCCCAAGGCGACGGCAAGGGAGAAGGCAUUGGAAACAGCGGCUUUGUGCUCGACGAUGUUCUGGAUAAGGUUGUCCAGGAUGAUGAUAACACUGAGGGAACGCCACUGUGGUCUCUUAUGGAGUCUGCUUCACGACACGUCUCUUGUCCCACCCUAGCAGCAGCGCACUAUAUGCGGAUUGCAAGUGGUAACCGCCAAGAGCGUGUGCUGGCAUCAAAGAAACUUCAAAUGCCAUCUCCUCAGAUCAUUAAGGGUGACCAGAACAAGAAUGGCCUGGUUGAGAAACUGCGAAAGGCCGUAUACAGCUCCUUCCUGUCUUCAUUUUGUCAGGGAUUGGAACUGAUCUCUCGUGCAUCGGAAGAUGAGGGCUGGAGCAUCGAUCUUGGAAACUGUAUCCAAAUUUGGCGCGCAGGCUGCAUUAUUCAGUCCGACUAUAUUGCUGAUCUGCUGCAGCCCCCAUUGACUUCGAAGACAAGCAUGUCAAACAUGAAGUUCAUCGAUACGGUCUCUCAAGAGCUGCGCAGCAACUUUGAUGCAUUGAAAGAUAUUGUGAUUGAGGGAACCAAGACUGAUCAGUAUAUGCCGUCGAUUUCUGCCACGCUGGAUUAUCUCAAGUAUGAGGGUGGACUUGUGUUGCCUACUAAGUUCAUGGAAGCCGAGAUGGACUAUUUCGGUGCACACUGUUACAACAAACCCGGUGUCGAAGGUGAAGAUCCCGGUCCAGUUAUGAAGGGACCUCAUCACUAUGAAUGGAAGGUUGCUUAA